AUGGACAAAAUUCAAAUCCGCACGAUUUUCUUGUUCCAGUUCAAACUAGGCCGAAAAGCUGCCAAGACAGCUCGAAGGGGUUUCCGGUACUCUUUCUCUCUCUCUCUCUCUCUCUCUCUCUCUCUCUCUCUCUCUCUCUCUCUCUCUCUCUCACUGGCCUCUCAAAGUGUUUUUGAGCUUAUCUACCUCAGUUUUUUCGUAUCUAUCUAUCUAUCUAUCUAUCUAUCUGUCUAUCUAUCACAGUUUGUUCACAUCUACCUCAGUCUGUUCGUAUCUAUCUAUCAAUCUAUCUAUCGUAAUCUGAUUUUUCAUAUCUAUCUAUCUAUCUAUCUAUCUGUCCUCAGUCUAUUCGUAUCUAUCUAUCUAUCUAUCUAUCGUAAUCUGAUUUUUUAUAUCUAUCUAUCUAUCUAUCUAUCUAUCUGUCUUAAUGUGAUUUUUCAUAUUUAUCAAUCUAUCUACCUAUCUAUCGUAAUGUGA